AUGGACAUAUAUAGGUUUUGUGAACCUAGACAUCCGACUGCCAUAGUUCAAUAUGCAUCUAAGUUCUAUGAAGACUUCAACAAAGCUAAGUUGCAGAUUCCGCCUGUUGCUGCUACCAGUAGUCAUCAAUCUUCUCCUUCAACUUCUGCUACAGACCAGCAUGUUCAAAGAUGGAGACCACCAGUGCGUAAUGGUUACAAACUAAAUGUGGAUGCUGCUACUAAUAUAGAGCAAAAGAAGUUGGGUAUUGGGGCUAUUCUUCGAGAUCAACAUGGAACAGUGUUGGCUGCUUUGUCUAAGGCAGUACAAGGGAGUUUUAAAUCGGAUGAGAUGGAAGCAAAAGCGCUCUUUCACGCUGUCAACUGGGUUUCGCAAUCACAAUUUCCUCUUACUCAUAUUGAAACUGAUGCUUCUCGGGUCUCAAAUGCCUUAAACAGAUUAAAUUUCGAUUUAUCAUGCUUUUCUGAUCUUAUUAUGGAUAUUCGUUGUCUUUUGUCCUCUUUCCCUCAAGUUUUAGUUACUCAUGUGAAACGAACUGCUAAUCAAGCAGCACAUGGCUUAGCUAAAUAUGCUUUGGGGUUGGAUGAAGACUUUGUUUGGAUAGGAGAAAUUCCCUAUCCUGUUUUCUCUGAUGUUGUAAAUGAUUCCAAUUUAUAA